AUGCGUGAGGAACAGCAAUUACCACGUAUUCCCGAAAACAAUGCGGGUGAGGAAUGCGGGCCACGACUUGAGGGGCAAGCGGAUGGGGAAAGAUCUGAUGAACCGACGACGGAUUCAGCUCUUGGGGCCGUGUUCCACUCGUCGGUCAUCGACAGCCCGGUUAUCCAGCGUAAAUGUCCCACCGACGACGAUGCGGGCACGCGAGUUGUCGCUGUCACUGUCGCUGUUGCCGUUGCCGCCGCCGCCACUAACAGUCUAAUCAUGGUGAGGGACUGA